UCGUCAACGCCGCCAUGAUUGACGCUUUGACAGGUGACAAAGGUGUUGAGAUAGUAAACAAAGACUAAUGCUGUUAAGUUAGCCUUUGGUCCUAUGGUGAUUUUGUGCAAUAAUUUUGUAUAGAUUCACAACUGUUUCAUGAUCAUACAUCAUUUUUUAAUCUGUUUUAUAGUAAAUAAUUGUAAAGCUAUAUUUUAAAAAAUGAGUUCCGAAGCAAAAACUUCAAUGAAGAAAAAAGACGGAUUUCUUCGCAGACAAGCAAAAUCAAAAACAGACAUUGUUACUGAAGACGAAUUGUUAAAGAAAGAUGUUGUGACCCCUGACGAUGUACUAAGACUUGCGAAAUGUACAGAUAAGUACUUGUGUCCUCCAGAGGCAAAUAUCUAUGGCAUCGACUUCACAAGAUUUAAACUGAGGGAUAUUGAUUCAAACCAGGUUUUGUUUGAAGUGGCUAAACCAGCGCCAGCUUAUGAUACAGAAGAAGAAGAGCAAAACCUGGCAGAGCCUGAAGAAGACCCUAACUCCGGGAGGUUUGUGCGCUACCAGUUCACACCACAUUUCUUGAAAUUAAAAACAGUUGGAGCAACUGUUGAGUUUGUGGUUGGAGACAGGCCUGUGAAUAAGUUCCGUAUGAUUGAGAAACAUUACUUUAGAGAUCGCGUCCUAAAAUGUUUCGACUUUGAGUUUGGGUUUUGCAUCCCACACAGUCGCAACACUGUGGAGCAUAUAUAUGAGUUCCCAAAACUUAAUGAGGACACAAUUGAUGAGAUGGUACGCCACCCGUAUGAAACAAGAUCAGACAGUUUUUAUUUUGUGGAGGAUCGACUUAUCAUGCAUAACAAGGCUGACUAUGCCUACAAUGGGGGGACCACUUCCUCUUAGUACACAGGCCUUGGAUCUGAUCAGCUAGGACAUAUACAACUAUUUUAUCUACUGUUUAACACCUUGAGUGGCUGAAGAAGAAAGUUUGUUUCACAGCUUUUCAUUUCAGUUUUUUUAUUAGCCAUUGACAAGUCAUGUAUCCAUCUCUCAAUCAACUCCAUUUGUUUUAGUGUAGGGCAAUAAAUUUGAGUCAACUCUAAAACCCAUGGAAUCAAAGAUGUGCUUGCAAGUCAUCCUUCUCAUAUGUUGCUCAUCAACAUUGCCAGUCUAUUCAUGAUGGGGGAGUCCAGUGACAAAAGAUGUUAUAUUUGUUUAGAGGUUUAAUUUUCUUAUUAUAUGAUUGCAACAACUAACACCUAAUUGCAAAACUGUUUUGUUUAAAUCAAACUACUUAAACCAUUCAGAAGGAAUCAUGGUGAAUUUAAAAAAUAUUUUUGAGAGUUCUAUUUUUACAUAACUGAGAGAGCAUCUACAGCAGUUCUUGCAGUUUCUGAUCACACUUGAUUUUACAUUCCACCCAGCUCAUAUCAUUUACAAGAUUUUUUUCAUUCAUUGACUUGCCCCGCAGGGGUCACUUUUAUAGGAUGCUUGUCAAUAUUUUUACUUGCUCCAAAAUAUUGUGUAACAGGGAUUCUCAAAUAUAAAGUAUAUUGUAGUAGGAAUAUCAAAAUGUUGUUAAGUAUUGUUAAGCAGGGAUUCUCAAAUACAAUGUUUAAGUCAGUACAUGAUUAUGUAGCAGGGAUUCUCAAAUACAAUGUUUAAGUCAGUACAUGAUUAUGUAGCAGGGAUUCUCAAAUACAAUGUUGUAGUAAAUAUCUGGCAGUGUGCACUGUUGUAGUAUAUUCUUGGUUUAUUUUUCAAAGCGUUGCCACUGUAAAAUGAUUUGCUUGGUGUUCCGUCCAGACUGUAUCCAUUAUUUUCUUUUACUACACAUGAAAUAGUCAACUUGUUUCUUCAUACAUCAUUUGUCUCACAAUAUUUUGUAUUACACUUACACUUUUUUUAAAAAGUUAUAGGAUGUUUACUGGGGCCAUCUGUACUUAUUAGAGACAGCUGUAUUUUCUCCACUACUUUUUUCAGUUGGGGUCAAAGCUGGAUGUUUUUACAGAUGUCUACAGGCAUGGACUCCUCUAGUCUAGUGAAAAGUUUUUGACAUUCCAUAUUCAGUUACCACAGGAUUUUGGCUUUUGUUUAAAGAAAUCUACCAGGAGAUCUACAGUUGAAGUGACUAUAUUGUAUAAUUAAAUUCACACCUGAACAUAACUCAAAACAUCUAGUGGAUGGGAAAAUUUGGCUGAAAUAUGCCCCACAAUAAAAUGAGGGGAUUUGCUUCAAGAGCCAUAUUCAGCAAGAGCCAAAAAUAAGAACUGGGUGUGUUGAAUACACCAUUGUGGUAUUUUAAAUUAUUAUUUUAGAUUGAUUCAUAUAUCCACAUAUUUGUGAUGUUAGUUUUUUUCUUAAAUCUAAUUUUAAACACUUAAAUAUGCUUUGUAUACAGUUGCCUGAUGGUAAAUUGUUAAUUUCUCAGACUCUCAAUCAGCUGGCAGGGGACCAUUGACACCAUUUCUAGUUGUCACGUUUCUUAUUUUAAGACCUGACUCCAACUGUUGGGCUGGGUUACAUAUGUUUACUUGGGAUGGUCUGAAGUGACAACCAGUUAGUUGGGAUAGCCUAAUGUGACAACCAGUUAGUUGGGAUAGCCUAAUGUGACAACCAGUUAGUUGGGAUAGUCUGAAGAGACAACCAGUUAGUUGGGAUAGC